AUGGCGACCUACUGUAUUCCAAAGGGAAGUUGUAAUAGCAGGGCAGUCGGCUGGAUUGACGGUAACCAUCCUUCUGAGGCUUACCAGUUGGUGUCGGCAACUGUAUGUUUUCACCGGAAUUCAAACUGCUGUGCAUGGUCACGUCCAGUUCAGAUACGAAAUUGCAGUGGAUACUAUAUUUAUAAGUUAAAAACGACUGCGUGCCUAAAUCGCUACUGCGGUGUGAACGACGAAAGUGAAGCGUGUCAAGUAACCGGUGGUUCCUCUAAGUGUCCAUGUCAAGAUGGUUAUGAAGGAGAUCCAUGCAGGGAUAUCGACGAGUGUUCAACGAACACCCACAACUGUAACUCAAAUGCAAAUUGCACCAAUACUGACGGUUCUUUCAAAUGUGUUUGCAAGGAGGGUUACACCGGUGAUGGCAAUUCAUGUAGCGGUAAGACUCACGAAUUUAAUCGGUGGAUAAACUGGGAAAAGUACAGUAAAUAA